AUGUGUUUUAAAUUUCAGAGUUCUGACGAUUGGAAAUCAGCUCAAUCAGUAUACGACUUCACCGUAAAUGAUUCAUCGGGAAAUCCAGUUUCAUUGGAAAAGUACAAAGGUCACGUUCUAUUAAUUGUUAACGUUGCUUCAAGAUGUGGUUUGACUGCAACCAAUUAUAAAGAACUCGUUGAACUCCAUGAUAAAUUUCACGAUUCGAAAGGAUUGAGAAUAUUGGCUUUCCCUUGCAAUCAAUUCGGUGGACAAGAACCGGGAACCGAUGAAGAAAUUGUUUGCUUUGCGAAAAAGAAAAAUGCUCAUUUUGAUUUUUUCAGUAAGAUAAAAGUUAACGGAGACGAUGCUUCGCCCCUUUGGAAAUAUUUGAAAAAAGAACAAGGGGGUACCUUGGGAGAUGCGAUUAAGUGGAAUUUCACAAAGUUCAUCGUUGACAGAAAUGGAAAAGUUGUCGAAAGACAUGGACCGACUACCGAACCUUCGAAAUUAGUAUCAUCAUUAGAAAAAUAUUGGUAA